UCACACUCCCCUCACACUCGGCUCACACUCCACCUCAGACACUCGGUGACAGACGCUCACACUCGGCUCGCGGCCUACACCGGAAGUGUCUGUGGAGACGCACUGGGUCGUUGACGUCACUUCCGAUGGCGGAGCUGAGUGUCGGGCAGCGCUGCCAAGAGAGGAGCUGCGGCCGCCUGGAUUUUCUACCAUUCAUUUGUGAUGGAUGCUCAGGAAUUUUCUGCCUUGAACACAGAAGUAAAGAUGCUCACGUUUGUUCUGGGAUAUGCAUAAAAAAAGAACCAAUAAAAUUGGAAGGACCCUCAUCAUACAGCUGCACCUAUAAGAAUUGUAAUGCAAAAGAACCCUUACCAGUUAUUUGCCCUUAUUGUGAAAAGCACUUUUGUCUAGGGCAUCGACACCAGUCAGACCAUGACUGUGAAAAGCUGGAGGUGCCAAAGCCACGCCUGGCUGUCACGAAGCAACCAGUAAAAGAAACUGUGGAAUCUAGGAAAGCAGUCCCAGUGAAGAAAGGAAGAGGAGGAGCAAAGAACAGUGAAACUGCUGCAAAAGUGGCACUAAUGAAGCUGAAGCUGCAUGCCGUUGGAGAAAAGUCCAUUCCACAGAAUGAACGAGUGUAUUUUCAAGUUUUUUUGCCAAGAGGAAGCAACGAGAAAAGCAGAGCAGUGUUCUUCUGUUCCAAAUGGAAUAUUGGAAAAGUGGUGGAUUCUGCUGCAGCACUAAUGAACGUUAGAAAUGACAACAAUAUUUCCACAGCUAAGAAACUAAGACUGUAUCACAGCGAAUCAGGAAGCCUAUUGCCCAUGGACAACACUUUGGAAUCGUAUCUAAAGAAUACUGACAGCGCCCUGUACAAUGGAGGAAAUAUUAUUCUUGAAUAUAUGGACAAUAAUAACACAGUAUUAGAAAACACCAACUCGUAUAUGGAAUGACAAUUGGUGUAUUGUAUAAUCUGUUCAGAAAUGUUUGUAUAAAUAGAAUCCCUUUUGUACUACCAA